UUGUAGAUUAGAAAUAAGUGUCUAGUUCCGUUUGUAUUUUUUUUUAAAUCUUUUUGUGUUGUUUUUAUUUUGCCAUUUUUCCUGUAAAUACCAAAGAAGCUUCUUUAACGUUUGAAAAAGCGCAUGAAAUAGAGCAUGUUUCAAAAUGCUUGUCAUAUGGCUUACCAUUGGUUUUAAAAAAUUGUUUGGAUUCAAUUAAAUAUCAGAAAUUAUUCCUUAUAUGCUUUCUUAUUCUAUGUAAAUAAUGUCUUUAUUCUACACUGGCUGUUUUCUUUGCCUCAAAGUACCAAUUUGUGAAACCAACUGCAUUGUAUUCACCAGCUUUCUGAGCCAUGCAAUUCUAAUGAGAAAGCUUUAUUAGCCAUAAAAUAGAGCACCUGACUGCUAUUAGCAUGCCAGUCCCCUAGUUAUCAUAAACAAGUACUCCCUACAUUACUGGGGGUCCUGAGAAUUUUUCAGUUUUCUGGUGGAUGCCAUCAAAAGUCCUUUCCACUGGGAGCUCUGGAAUUGAGUUCCACCUUAUCCAUUCUAAUGGUUUUGAAGACUGCUUUACAUGUUCUUGAUUUUUUGUCUUCUUGUGGAUCGCAGUGUUGUGAUUCAAAAAAUAGGAGCUCUAAAAGCGAGGGUCCAACUCAAACCCUACAGAAUCGCGUUAGAGACGCGUUUCGAAGAGGCUUGCAAUGGAAGUGGGAACGGGAUGCAGGACCAACAUUUAGUGGGCACAAGGAGUCAGAGCGGCAUGGUGAAUUACCUCAAGGGCAUGAGCUUACUGACUCUUCUACACAGAGGCAUUGGCCAACUUUUGCUCCGAUUGCCAUUCAGAAGUUUCGGCGUCUCUUCUCUACAGACAGUGCAAAUAAUGCAUCAUGUGAGCAAGGCUUGGACAAUGAUUCAGAGGGUAAAAGUCAUAGUGUAGCACCAUGCUCUAAAAAUAUUAGAAAAGAAAAUACCAGGGAAGGCAAGAUGGUGCGGAUGAAAGCUAAAGACAUUAAAAGUGGAGAGAAAGUGACCUCCCCGGAGUUCAGUGAGGAGAACCAAUUUGCGGACCACAUUUCAUCUGUACCUGCUGCUUCAGUCCAGUUUGAUUCUCUCAACCAAUCAUCAAAGGAAGAAAGUCAAGAUUGUAUUUCUUUGUGUCCAUCAAAAAUGGAAGAAAACCCAGUAGAAGUUAGCGGUACUGUGAAGUCCCAUUCUCUCAACUUGAAAAGCAUAGUGGGUGAAAUAAAGGCUAGUGAUGAUGAAAACAUAUCAGUAAAUAAGGAUUGCGUAAGCACUAAUCAAUCCAUUGUCUGUGAUGUAGUUAAAGGUAAAUCACCAAUUGCAAUUGCUCAUGGUGAAAAGGAGAGUGAUGCUUUAGAUUCAUUCAGCAAUGAUGUGAAAAAGCCAGAGAGAGUCUCAGGGUCAUUAUGUGCACCAAGUGACAUGGUGACCAUUUGUGAAACUGAUGUAAAAAAUCUUGACUUAAUGAGCAACAACUUAAAAGAUAAUUCUGCCAAUCAAUAUCUUGAUGACGAUUCCCCUGGUCCGUCUUUAGCUCUGGCAUCAAGUAACAGUGUUAUUUCUAGCAAAAAUGAAUCCAUUAGCACAUCAAUGGCAAUGAAUACCAAAGAUGCCAGAAAGGCAUCGAUUCAAAAACAUAAAAAGUUACUGGAACCAUUGUACCUCAACAUAAACUCUGCAAGUAGUGCAGGACCUCAUGCAAGGAAGUCUCCUGUUACUGUACAGGAAUGGGUCGACUCUAUUCCAAUUUCUUCACAUUUAGACGAUGACCCUGAAGAUGCCAAUACUGAUGGCGAUUUGUCAUUAACAGCACCAGAAACACAAAUUGGAAAUGUGUGCCCAUCAGUUACACUAAGGCCAGCACCUGGUUCGGGUGCAACAGUUGCUGAUCAGCGGCGUGAGGCUUUUUCACGUGAUGCAUCUCCAUCCCUUCAAUCUGAUACGGGAAGCCAUGCAUCCAGUGUGGAUUCCUACCUAGAAGCCCGCCGCCCAGAUCCUGAGGAAGUCUUAUUAGGAUUAGGCUUCGGAGGUUCAUUACAUGCUAAAGAAGCUGAAGUUUCAAGAAUUCCUGCACGCUUUCUUCAACCAUCUCAAGUGAAAGGUGUGGCAAUAGAUGAUUUCUUGCGUUACCAACAGGAUUUAAUUGAAACUUUUGAAUCGGGGUACAGUGGUUAUAGAGGCUUAACUGGUGGUGCACAGGUUCCAUCCGUGAUCGUUGCUAAAAUAAUGGAAAAGCUUCGAGAACAUGAGAGAGAGAGCAGUACCAAAAGCUCUGCGGGCUCAUCUCCAGGUCAUCAUGCCGAUAUUUCAAGACGCAGGUUUUCUCGAGCAGCUCACCGAGUUACCAUUUUGGCCAAAAUGAAAUCACGAGACAGCUUAACUUCUAGUGCACCAGCCCACUCUGUACUAAACCCUGACAACAGAAAAUUCCUGGACAAUCAAGGCAGUAAAUCUCCAGAGAUAUCUCGGAAACGAAUGAUUAUUGGACAUAGAUCAUUUACUUUUGAUGGCGAUGGCCAGUUAAUCGAGGCAGAAGCAAAUCCCCUCGAAGUGGCUCAUGCAGAACCCAUAGUACCUUCAAAACCACCAUUACCUCGUCCCCUCGUUCAUAAAGAUUCUGUGCUUUCAUCUGCAACAAGCUUAAGUCUGACCAGUUAUGACAGUGAUAGUGAUACGGACGAAGCUGGUGGUGCCGACAGAAUCACUAAUGAAGCUGUAGGUGAUAAGAAUAAUUGUGAACCUCAGCUGUCACAAAAUACUUCCAUUUCUGAUACUAAUGAAAAUUUAUCAUUGUCUCCUGUCAUGGCAAAUGUUGCCAAUAAUGGUGUUCAGAAUGCAUUUGAUAAGAAGAAAACUCCUUUACCAGUCAUUCCUGACCUUGUUUUAAGUUUGAAUGAAAAUGUAAGCGUGGGGCUUAAAACAUCAACCCCCAUUAGGUGUAUCAGCUGGAAAGAUUUGCAUCAGGUUAAUUCAGCCCCUUCCACACCUCUAGUUGACGCACCAACUCCUAUCCCUGCUCUGUGGACCCAUGCAGAAGAAAGUUCAUCAGGUUCUGAACCAUAUAAUCAUAAGAAUGGAAAGCUUCAGGAAUACUUGAAGCAAAGAAAUCAAUCUGCUUUACAAAAUAAUCCUGAACUACUUGCAUCCCUCAAGGCAUAUUCUAAAAUUGAACCUGAGCAGACUCCAUCUCCAAAUGCAAGGCAAUCCUCCUUUUAUAAAAUAUCUGAUUUUGUACUGCCUGAUGAUUGUACUUCAUCCCUUGACUCUCCAGAGUCUCAAAGUUCUUUACCAGCUGAUGCUCAACAAUUACAGAGAAUGUGUUCCAUGCCUAAAUCAUCAUCAAUGUUCCUUGAUAAAGAAUUGCGCCGCAAACUGUCUCUGAACUCGAGUGUUGAUUCCUACAUUGCCAGAAGUGUAGCACACUCCCCAGAUUUAAAGAACUGGUCAACAAGCAGUGUGAGUAGUUGGGAAUCGGAAAAGGAUUUCUCACCUAAACUUUUGGUUGAUAAAAUUUUGAAUGAAGAAGAGAACCCUGUAUUUGAUGAGCAGACUGUUGCUAUAACGCAUGAACCUGAAGUGGAUGCUACAGUCAAUCGAAGAAGGGGUAGCUUAAAGCGACAGAAAAAAGUUGAUGAGGAAGACUUAUUGCGAGGCACUUCAAGCUCUUCUAAUCUCAAUGUGAAUCGUCCAAAUAUUGCAACGGACCAAGGCGAUUCUUUUGAAAUGGAAGAGUUAUCAGUGGAGGAGGAAAUACGGGGUGCAAGGACAGGAAGUGCUCACUCCGACAGUAGUGGUUUUCAAGAAGAACCAAAUCAAAACAAGCCCUCUCUCAAGGCAGCUCUUGGGAAACAGCUCUCUCAAAGUGAACCAAUGCUGUGUACUAAAUUCUUUCCUGAGGAACUUGCCCAAAUUCAAGUUGACCCCCUUAAAAGGCUUAGUCUCCCAGUGAUACGGAUUCAAGAUGAAUCGGGCCUCACACAAUGGCAUGCUACUAGCAUUUGCCAAAGUGAUGAGCCUGUUACCAGCUCUCUUAGACGGGUACAGUCUCUGCCAUGUCAACUUUCCCGUCUUGGUCUAAGAAGGCUCAGUGAGUGUUUUUCUCCAGGAUCAAUGACAGACUCAAUUGGAAACAUGUUUAGUUCCUGCAGUGAUGAAAGCGUGAUACAUGUACCCCGUACUAGCAUAGAUGUAACAGCAGAGGAACAGCCAGAAGUUUCUCCCCUUCCUGCUGCAAUAUUGGACUACGAGGGUGAAGUGGAAGCUCUCCGCGCACCCAGGGAAUGCUGCAAGUGCCAUUGCUCUUUGAAGAAUUCCUUAUCUAAGUGCCAUAGUGAUUUAUUACUUUCUCAAGAAAAUGAUCAAUCAUUUUCCAAUAUCAGCUCAAGUUUGAAGACCUUGAAAGAGGCUCAAAAUGAAAUAAAUAAUGUAGUGCAACAAAUGCAAAAUCAUUCCUGCCUCUCAUUUGGUUGCAAGAUGAAGGAUACUUUGGAACAGGUUGCAUCUGUGGUUUAUCAACAAAAUAGCUUAUGCCUUCUUUUGGAGGGGUUCAGUUCGGACUUACUGUCUACAAUCAAAAACUUAUCUGCUCAAAGUAUGUCUGAGGAUCUUCACUCAACUCACAAUACCCUCAAUACUCCAAACAUCCCUAAAAAAACUCUGAAAGAAGUUUCCUCCUCACCUCUGCAUUCGUCUGAAAACUGUGUGACACUUUGUCGGAUAGUUGAGAAAGAAAAUCGUAGACUGCAAGAAUUGGUCCAAAUGAAUGUGGAUGAACUUGCACGCAUACGGCUUCUUCUUGAAACACUCCUUCAGAAUAGUAAAGUGUGAUUAUUCUAUGUCAGACUUCUCUCCUGGUUCAGUCAUUGCUGUCUCUGUAUUAGAACUGGUAUCUUCUCAUAAGAUUAAAUUGUGAUAACAAUUGUUAGCUGGGGCUGUUGUAGGUAUUAUAAAAAUCUAUAAAAGCGUCUUUUUUUGUCUGUUUGUGGUUGUUUUGAAAGUUUUUUUAUUUGUUCACUUCUUAACAACUUUUCUUCAGGGGUGUUUUUUAUUUCAAAUGACUGAAUUGUACAGCUUGUACAGCUUUUCUGUAAUUUCAUCUACCAAUCACAAACAUUCUAUCUUGAACUGUUUAGUGGUCAUUGUGAUUUGUACUUUUCUUUCUUGUUGUUACUUCUUAUUGGGAUUAUUGAGCUACUUUCGGUACUCAUAGUGCAUUCCUUGAGUUGUUACACUCUUUGGUUUAUUUUAUACUUAUGCAUGUAAUUUGAAAAGUCUAUUAGGUAUAGGUAGGUUUUGGUUGUGCUCUUUCAGGACUUUCUUUACAUUAUAUGAGGCUUAUAUAGACUAGGGCUUUCCAAUAGUUCUAACUGUGGUUUAUCAUGGCUGAUGGAUCAAUUAAUUUAACUCUCCCCUUUUUAAUAAUGUCUUUUUAAUGCUCAAGUCAAGGCAGCAUUCAUUGUUCCAUGUUUUCAUCAAGGCACCAUCUUAGGCUGUUGUGGUUUCCCUCUUUAAUUAGAACCAUACAUUGAAGAGUGGUGUUACCUUGGAUUUUGGUUUUAAACUUGGCAUGGGUAUCAAUUAUUAGAAAUAUGACACCUUUCUGGUUCAUUGAAAAGUUGAAUAUAGGUAACAACAUUUUAUUAUACAGAAUUGCAAAUGUAUCAGUGAUUUUUGGAUAAUAACACUUUAGGGAACCUUCGUGCCAUGUUUCCUUUAAAUUAUCAUAUUUUUGUAAAUUAUAAAUCUACUAUGGAACUACUAAGCAGAUUUAUUCUCAUUAUGGAGGUAAUUUGUCUCUUAAAACUGUUCAUGUUGACUUAGUUUGCUAUGGUCUUAGUUCUGAGUUGCCUUGUCUCACUAAGACGAUUGAACAAAUAAAUAUUUAUGAGGCAACAAAGCUAAGACAUCCUUGUGUGGUCCAAUUUUACAGAGUUUUAUUUCAAAGGCAUCCAUUAAGUUACUUUAUUUUGAGAUUAUUGUGUCUUUCACACAAGUACUAGCCCAACAAUGUCAACAGUGAGAAUGUGAUUUGUGGUUUUGCUUGCCAAAUAAGUUACUUGUGAAACUGUGAUAUUUGUUCUUGUCAAGUUGAAUACUCGUCUUCAGACAUGAUUGAAUAUGUGACAAUCAAGCUUCUCUGAAAUCCUUUGCUGCUCUUUUUGUUUUUCUUAACAAUCUUGCCGUUUUUUGUUUUUUUAAGUUUGUUUUGCUCUAUUUCUAAAUUAGUUAAUGUGUUACCUAGGCAAUGCGCAUAGGUACCAUUGUUCUGAAAGCCCAUUGGCUAGCCCUUUCAUUUCUCAACUUUAAAUAGCUGCUUUUAAUGUAUUUUUGUAUUGUUUCAUGUGUGCAAUAAGUUUGACUGCUCACUCUGUAACCCUGGGUUGUUGAUUUGGAACGAUGGUAGUUAAGUAGUACUCAUUCAGGUUUUAAUGUUAAGUUGUCAUUGUUAUCUUAUUUUGUUGAUUUUUUAGGGUUAUUAAGUGUUAUCCUAAUUAGUUUGAAUUGCCACAAUUGCCUUAAUAUUUUGAAUUAAAGGAAUGAAGUAUAAAUUU